AUGGGUAACCUAAUUCCCGGACCCGAAACUGUACCGUUUUUUGGGAAUGCACUUAUUGCUUUAGGCAAAACUCCUGAUGAUUUAAUACAAUACUGUCUCGUACAGCAAGCCAAGUAUGGUAGUGUAGUUCGUGGUUGGCUCGGCUCCAAGUUGGUAAUAUUUCUUGCGGAUGCUCAAGAUGUUGAAGUAAUCCUAAAUAGUCCCAUACAUAUUGACAAAGCUCCGGAAUAUAAUUUUUUCAAGCCUUGGCUAGGAGAAGGACUGCUUAUUAGUAGCGGUAAUAAAUGGCGUUCACAUCGAAAAAUGAUAGCUCCAACUUUUCAUAUCAAUAUUUUAAAGUCAUUUAUUGGUGUUUUCAACCAAAACAGCAAGAAAGUAGUCGAAAAACUGCGAUCAGAAGUGGGCAAAACAUUUGACGUACAUGAUUAUAUGAGCACAGCAACCGUGGAUAUACUACUAGAAACGGCUAUGGGUAUCACUAGAAAAACACAAAAUGAAUCUGGGUUUGAUUACGCAAUGGCUGUAAUGAAAAUGUGUGACAUCAUACACCAGAGGCAUUACAAGUUUUGGUUGCGUUUUGAUCCCAUAUUUAAAUUAACGUCCUUCUUCAAGGAACAAAAAAGACUUUUGAGUAUAAUCCAUGGACUUACAAAUAAGGUUAUCAAAAGUAAAAAAGAGACAUAUUUUGAAAAUAUAUCAAAAGGUUUUAUUCCACCUACUCUUAACGAGUUGACAAGUCAGACAGAGAUCAGUAUUGCUGAUAAAAAUAUAUUAGCCAACCAAGCGAAAACUCUUUCGGAUACAGUUUUCAAAGGUUAUCGGGACGACUUAGAUUAUAAUGAUGAACAGGAUGUUGGUGAAAAGAAACGACUUGCUUUCUUAGAUCUAAUGAUCGAAUCUGCACAAAACGGUUCACAUCAGCUCACAGAUAAUGAAAUUAAAGAGGAGGUGGAUACUAUUAUGUUCGAGGGCCACGAUACUACAGCAGCUGGCUCUAGCUUUGUGCUUUGUCUACUGGGAAUCUAUCAUGAUGUCCAAGCCAAAGUUUAUAAUGAGUUAUAUAACAUCUUUGGAGACUCUGACAGGCCCGUCACCUUUGCUGAUACAUUGGAGAUGAAAUACCUCGAAAGAGUAAUACUUGAAACGUUAAGAUUGUACCCACCUGUACCAGCUAUUGCUAGGCAGCUAAAUCGUGACGUGAAAAUUGCAUCCAAAGACUAUGUUCUUCCGAAGGGAGCAACUGUAGUAAUAGGCACGUAUGCAAUCCAUCGCAGUCCCAAAUACUACAAAGAUCCUAAUACUUUUAAUCCUGACAAUUUUUUGCCCGAAAAUGCGUCAUGCAGACAUUACUAUAGCUAUGUUCCAUUCAGUGCCGGACCUAGAAGUUGCGUUGGCCGUAAAUAUGCUUUACUCAAGCUCAAGAUUUUACUUUCUACUAUUUUGAGAAGCUACAAAUGCAUAUCAGAUAUCCCUGAAAGUAAAUUCAAACUCAAAGGCGACAUCAUUUUGAAGAGAUCAGACGGAUUUCAACUUAGGAUUGUACCCAGGGAAAGAGUACCGUUGAAAACAGUUUAA